AUGAGCAGUGCGAAGCGUGCGCUGCCGGUGAUCGACAUCGAGCCGCUCGUGUCGGGAAGCGCCAGUGCAUCAGCUGUGGCGUCGGCCCACGAAGAGACGACCGCUCGCAGCCUCGAUUCUGCCAGCCGUGAAUAUGGCUUUUUCCACAUCUCGGGGCACGGCAUCGCGCCAUCCUGCAUUUCUGGCGCCAUGCGUGCGUGUGGCGACUUUUUCCAUCUUCCGCUGGAGCACAAGCUGCUUGUGCGAGCCGAUCCAGAUGCUGGCGAGGGAACGGGAUGGGAGCCCAGCGGUGCGCAGAAGCUUGACGAGAGCCGCCUCGGCGAGGGCAUUGAUGGCGAGCAGACAAUGGGUGAUCUCAAGGAGUCGUACAUCCUCGGUCGACCAGCGACCUCACAGCUGCCGCCGGGCGCAAAGCCCGGCGAGCUCGCAGCCCUGUGGCCGACGAGCCUCGGCGCGUACUUUCGUGACCCGCUGGUACAGUAUCACGACGAGUGCUGGCGCGUGUCGGUGGCUCUCAUGCGCGGCUGGGCGAUCGCGCUUGGCAAGCCACCCGACUUCUUCCUCCGCGACACGAGUGACCCGAUGACCAAGCUGCGCCUGCUCUACUACCCGCCAGUGGAGGACGCACGCUAUGCGGAGGCUAUCGGCCUCGGCGCCCACUGCGACUGGGGAGCGCUCACCCUCCUGACCCAGGAUGAGGUCGGAGGGCUCGAGGUGUGCGCCGCAGACGGCGCAUGGCUGCCCGCCAACCGUGCGGGCAGCGACACCCUCCUCGUCAACGUCGGCGACAUGCUCCAACGGUGGACCAACGGCCACUUCCGCUCCUCUCCCCACCGAUUGCUCAAACCCGCCACGGCAGAGGCCUCGCGCACGUCCAUCGCCUUCUUCUUUAACUGCAAUGUGGAUGCGAACAUCGACCCAAGGCAGGUGGUCCCCCACGAGGUGCCCAAGUGGGAGCCCAUCUUGGCAGAGGCCUACAUCGUCGAGCGCGCCACCGCCACAAACCAGCAGAGUGACGUGUGA